UAAAGCCAAACCCCGCCAUGAAAAGACUUACCCACAGCCAGAUCCGUUGCAGCGUGACACAAUAAUGUCACUUCAAGGCAAAGUGUAUGCCGUAACAGGCGGCGCAAGUGGUAUCGGCCUGGCAACAGCCAAGCUGAUCUCAGAGCGAGGAGGAACUGUCUGCAUCGCGGAUGUGAACCCCGAUGCACUCCGUGAAGUUGAGUCACAGUUUGUCGCUAAAACAUCACAUGUUGCGUUCAUGGUCACGAAACUUGACGUGGCGGACAAGCAGCAAGUCCAAGCCUGGAUAGCCAGUAUCGUUGCCAGGUAUCAUCGUCUAGAUGGAGCAGCCAACAUUGCGGGGGUUAUUGGAAAGGACCAUGGAACUAAGGCUGUGGCGGACCUUGAUGAUGAUGAGUGGGAUAAUAUCCUACGUGUGAACUUGACGGGUUUGAUGUAUUGUCUCCGGGCGGAGCUUAACAGCAUAAGUGACGGUGGUUCCAUUGUCAACAUGGCUUCUAUCCAUGCCACAACCGGUUUAGCAAAUCACGGCGCCUACGCAGCGAGUAAACACGGCGUUUUAGGCCUGACUAGGGUUGCAGCGAAGGAGAAUGGCCAUCGAGAAGUUCGAGUGAAUGCAGUUGCGCCAGGUCCGAUCCACACGUCCAUGAUGCAGGGGUUCUGGGACCGGAUAGGACGGCCGUCUGAUGCAGCUUUUGAUGAUCCUAUUGCGUUUCGGCGUCAAGGCACUGCCGAGGAGGUGGCGAACGUGAUUGUCUUUUUGCUUGGACCGGAAAGCUCGUUUGUUAGUGGGAGUUGCUAUUCUGUUGAUGGGGCUUGGAUAUGAUUGUAUGUACGUAGUUCUGUCUGGGACGCAAUGACUGCAUGGUUUAGCUUCAGGGUGAUUUGAGACACGCCUUGCAACAUAUAGCUGGUCUUUUUAUGGGCCUGUUCACCAGUAUGGGCGGGCGGCAAUGAACCAUUCC